AACGGAGAGCGCUCGUACCCCCGCUAAAAACAAACUUUUAUCGGCUCUGCUCUUUCUCGUGCUCUGUGCCUCUGUUUUUCUCCAUAGAAACGAGUGGAAGCUCGUUGAGCUAACACACCACUACUGACUGCCGCUGCUACUGCUCUACUACCGCCGCUGCUGACUGACUGCUCCCUUCCUUAUUCGAGGCAUCCACUGCUACUUUUAGGAUAUAUUUAUAUAUUCAGCCAGUCGGACCCGCGGAAUCAUUUACGUUACUGGCAGGCGACCGGCAACACAGACAGCGCAGACAUGGGACACCCACCCCGGCUAUGGACCGCGGGUCUCAUAGCCUGCUCGCUGCUACUCUUGGCACAGCCUUCCUAUUCCAAUAAAUGCACGACCGGGUGCCAUGGCAUGCACUCGGACAAAUCCUACAAAGAGGGACAGACGUACUCCUACGCGUUGGAGGGCACGUCGACGACGUCGGUGAGCGAGGGCCAAGGCGACGCCCAGCUCAAGCUCAAAGCCGACGUCGAGGUGGCCAUCAAGCCCGACUGCAUCAGACAAGUCAGACUGAAGAAUGUCCAAGUUAACGGAGCCCCCGUUUCCAAUCAAAACGUGGAGAAACACGCGCUCCAGUUCAACUAUCAUCACGGGCACAUCGACACGGAGCUAUGCGCCGAAGCCGGAGACACCGAGGCCUCCUUGAACAUCAAGAGGGCCGUGAUCUCACUGCUGCAAGCCUCCGUUCUGCAAGACGAAGGUUCGACCACACGACACGAGGUCGACAUUUUCGGAGGCUGCAUAACCGACUUCACCUUCUCCAAGGAGGGCGACGUCCAGAUAGUGCAGAAGAACAAAAACUUAAAUAGCUGCUCCAACAGAGAGAAUGUGAAACAAGGAUUGUUCUCGGGCAUCGUGAACCCGGCCGCGGGCGUCACCUCGACGCCGAUCAUCGGCUCGCAGCAGAAGGUCGAGCAGCGCUUCAAGGCCGGCAUCCUCGAAAAAGCCACCUCGACCGAGACCUACAAGCUGCGGCCGUUCAGCAACGGCGACGCCGGCGCCAAGACCAUCGUCGAGACCACCCUCACCUUGAAGGGCGCCAAGGACGACGCGACCCCAGCGGCUCCGGUGAGCCAGCCGAAGUCGCUCAUCUUCCAGGUGCCUCAUCCGCAGGUCAAGUCGUCGGUCGACGCGCUGGAGAAAGCUCUGCAAGCCAUCCACAAGGACUCGGCCGACGCCGUGAGACCCGAGGAGGCGCGCAAAUUCUCCGAGCUCAUCAGGGUGCUGCGCACGAGCAACCGCAAGGACAUCCUCACGAUCUACCACAGAAUCAAGGCCGGCGCCGGCUACGACAAGGAGAAGGACAAGAAGGUCCUUUUGGAUGCCCUGUACCGCACCGGAACCGGCGAGGCCGCCGAGGUCGUCGUCGAGCUCAUCAAGAACAAGGAGAUCAGCGACGCCCAGGCGCUCCUCUACUACGCCAGUCUGGCCUUCAUCCAGCACGUGAAUCUGCCCUCGGUCACGGCCAUCGUCACCCUCCUCGACCAGCCCAAUCUCCACCGCAUCGGCUACCUCGGCGUGGGCCAGAUCAUCGGCAAGUACUGCCAGCAUCACGUCUGCGAGAACGUGCCCGAGGUCAAGACGGCCCUGGCCAAGAUCGCGUCCAAGGUCAAGGACGGCAAGGCCGACAAGCGCGCCGACGAGGAUCUCGUAAUAGCCGCGCUCAAGGCCCUCGGUAACGCCAAGUACCUGGACGAGGCCACCUCCACAAAACUCGCAAACAUCGCCGCCGACAAGAAGGUGCGCAAUCGCGUGCGCGUGGCCGCCAUCGAGGCGCUCCCGACCAAGUGCGCCAUGAGCUGGAAGAAGAUCCUGUUCAAGCCGUUCGCCGAUCAGGAGGAGGACAGCGAGAUCCGCAUCAAGGCCUACCUUGCGUUCGUGGCUUGCCCGUGCGCCGCCGCCGCGGCCAAGAUCAAGGAGGUCCUCGACCAGGAGAAGGUCUACCAGGUGGGCUCGUUCAUCCAGUCGCAUCUGCGCAAUCUUCGCGCCUCCGCAGAUCCGUUCAAGGCGCACGCCAAGGCCCACCUGGAGAACAUCAAGCCGCGCACCAAGUUCCCCGAGGACUGGCGCAAGUUCUCCUUCAACAACGAGCUCUCCUACGACUUCGACGCGUUCGGCGUCGGCUCCACGGCCGACAGCAACGUCAUCUUCAGCCAGAACAGCUUUGUGCCGCGCUCGGCCUCUCUCAAUCUCACCACGGAGCUGUUCGGCCACUCGUUCAACUUCCUCGAGCUCAAUGGUCGCGCGGAGAAUCUCGACCGCGUGAUCGAGCACUUCCUCGGGCCCAAGGGCGUCGUGCCCAACGAGAAGCCCAAGGACGCCGUGAAGACCGGCUACGGCAAGCUCAAGAGUCUGUCGAACUACAUCAGCAAGCGUCUGGAGAAGAGGUCGAAGCGCGAGGUGAAGCAGGCCGACCUCGACAAGUUCGCCAACAGCGUGCAGCUGCGCGACAACGAGGUCGACGAGGAUCUCGACCUAGACCUGUCCAUCAAGCUGUUCGGCGUCGAGAUCGCCUUCCUGAGCUACGGCGGCUCCGGCCAGUCCUACACGCCCCAGCAGGUGAUCGACAAAAUUCUGGAGCGCUUCGACCAGGGCGUGAGCAAGAUCAAGAAUCUCAACUACGACAUCGAGAAUCACGUGCACUUCCUCGAGGCCGAGUUCGUCUACCCGACGGCCCUCGGUCUGUCGCUGAACCUCGGCAUGACCGGCUCGAGCGUGGUGCGCAGCAAGACCAACACCAAGAUCGACAUCUCGCAGAUGCUGGCCGACCCCAAGAACGCCAACUUCAAGAUCGCCCUCGAGCCCUCGGCCUCGAUCGAGUUCGUCGGCGACCUCAAGGUCGAGGACGGCUUCGGCUCCGAGUCCGGCAUACGUCUCGUCACCACUCUGCACACCGCCACGGGCUACGAUCUCAACGUCAAGGUGCUCGACGGCAAGGGCGUCGACGUCACCCUCGGGCUGCCCAAGAAGAAGCAGGAGAUCAUCAACGUCUCCAGCGACGUACUCUUCAGCAACGGCAAAGCCGACAAGUACACCCCGGUCAAGUUCAGCAAGGGCAAGGACCGAUCGGACUGCUUCGAUCAGUUCACCGCCCCGCUGGGACUCACCGUUUGCGGCCAUCUGUCCUACCCGUACGACAACGUGGCGUCGCUGCAGAAGAAGCCGCUCUAUCCCCUGAGCGGACCGUUCAAAUUCUACGCGACCAUCGAGAACAACGACGUGACCAGCUAUCACUUCAAGGCCCUCUACAACAACAAGAACCCGAAGGAUCGCUCCCUGGAGAUCGUCCUCGAGACGCCCAACAGCCGAACGCCGAGAUUCGUCUCGCUGACGGCUCAGGCCGCCAUGGAUCCGGAUCUCAAGCUCAAGGUGGCCUUCGACUCGCCGAUCAAGAAGGCCUCGGCCGAGGCUCUGGUCAAGGACUACACCGUGACGGUCACCGUCAAGAACGACCAGAUCGAGUACUUCGCCAAGGGCGGCGUCGAGCUCAUCAGCGGCAACAAGUACAAGCCCAUCCUCGAGUACAAGGUGCCGGAGCACAUCGAGAAGCUGGCCGGUGGCAAGGCCAAGAACAAGGGCCAGAUGCACCAGGUACAGGGUACCAUCGAGGUGGCCGAUCACGAGGGCGGCAAGAAGUACGCCUUCAACGACGUGCAGCUCGUCUCGAACGGCCGCAAGGUCGUCGGUAUCGACGGCAAAGCCGCCGUGACGCCGACCUCCGUCAACGUCGACAUCAGCUUGGGCUACGCCGACGAGAAGCUGGGACUCAAGGUCGACAGCAAGAAACUCGGCGAGCUGCACUACACUCUGGUGGCCUCGGCCCUGCCCGACAAGAAUCCGGCCAACGGCUUCGGCCUCGAAUGGGACUUCAACCUGCAAAAGUCCACCUUCGAUCAUAAAUUAGCUUUCACUCAAGGACCCGAUCUCAAAUCAGAAAACAAUCGUCUCUUGCUCGUGCAGAAGGCCGAGCUCAAUCCGGACCCGGAGAAGUUCUCCUUGUCGACCAACAACCAGCUCGCCUAUCCCAGAGUCGGCCUGGCUGUCAAACUCGACGCUAAAUUGACCAAGAACUCGGUCAACGCCGACGUCGACGUCAAGUACGAGAACUUCAAACUUGGAUCUCAGCUCAACGGCAAGGUGAACGCCAACAAACCGGGCGACUACGACAUCGACUUCAGCGCCGACGUGCUGGAGAACAAGGUCAAGCUCUUGGCCAAGCGCACCAUCCUCGAGGAGAGCAAGAGCAAAUUCGAGAACUCCCUGAAACUCACACCGGGAGGUACUUAUCAAGCCGACGCCACGGUCAAGCAUCAGACCAAGAAGAACGACAUCAACGUGGCGGUCGACGCCGACAUCAACUUGAACGGGAAAAAAUUGAAGGUCGACACCGGUCUCGAGUGCAAUCCCGACAAAGUCAACAAUCACGUACAGAUCAUCGCCAACGGCAUCAAGUACGUCGACUACAAAUUGAACGUGAAGAAGGGCUCGGCGCCCAGCGGCAGCCUCGUGCUCAAUCUGAAGAGCUACCUGGUCACCAACGGCCAGUUCAGCUACAAGGACGGCAAGGGCAGCGGCAACAUCAACAUCGAGAUACCCAAGAUCAAUCGCAAGAUCAAGGGCACCGGCGACGUGAGCGUCGCAGGAUCCAAGCACGUGGCCAAUCUCGAGCUCGCCUACGACGCCGACAAGGAGCCCAGCAAGAAGAUCAAGCUGUCGAGCAACUCGGACUUCACCAAGACCUCGCUCGACUCCAAGAACGUCCUGGAGAUCCUGAGCUACAAGACCGAGGUCAACGUCAAGGGUACGCGCCAGGGCGACUUUCUGAACGGCAAGCAGGACAUCGAUCUCGAGGUGACGCUGCCCAACGGCCGCCACCUGACCGUCAAGGCCAAUCGCGCCGCCACCAAGAAGGACGACAAGCUGACCGUCAAGGCACAGGGCGAGGUCGCCGAUCAGGUGACCAAGGGCGGCGAGACGAGGAAGAUCGUCGCCUCGGCCGACGUCAACGUCGCCAACGCCAAAGAGCGUCUGUUCGACACCGUCUACGACAUCAAGUACAUUCACAGCGACGGAAAGGACUUCGGCACCAAGAUCAAGGCCAAGCACGAGGCCAAACCGGAUUCCGAGAAGAAAUCGGGCGCCGUCGACGUUGGCUUUUCGGGUAGCUUGAUCGGAACCACCUUGGGAGGUUUCGUCAACUCGGAGUACGACAAGGAGAGCCUCUACCUCAAGGGAGGAAUCUCGCGUGGAAGCGACAUCGAAUUGGUGGGUGACAUGCUGUGGGCAAGCGGAAACAACGUCGACAAACCGGGCGUGUUCAAGGGCGAAGUGACCGGCAAAUUCCCAUCAGAAAAACUGAAGAACUUCGUGUUCACAUACGACGAGACGGUGCUGGAGCAGGCGCACGAGGGCGGCGUCUGGGAGUACAUCAAGUACAAGAAUCUCACCUACAACGACGACAAGAAGAUCAAGCUGCACACGCACUGGCGCCAGACCGGCAAGGAGAACUACGAGGAUCAGGGCAAGUUCGAUCGUACCUUCCAUCUGACGCUGAAGACCGACGGCAAGCCCGACUUCGAGAUCCAGGACGAUCACCAUCACGACCUGACCGGCGAGCAGAAGAAGCUGUCCAGGCAGGGAUUCUACAAGUUGGGCGGCAAGGGAUUCACCCACGAUCUCAAUGUCGAAUGGAACACGGACUUGUCCAAGGCCUCGGUCGACGGCAAAUUCUCCACUCCGUUCGAGAGGGUCAAGAGCGUCGAGAUCAAGGGCGAGCACAAGCGCGACGGCGACAAGUCGAGAAAGACCGACGUGGCGCUGACCGUCGACGGCGUCAAGUACACGCAGACGACCGAGAUCGAGCUCAACCAGGACAAUCCCGGCAUCCACCUGGUGUUCACCUGUCCGGCGGGCACGACCGAGCUGCUGGCCAAAUUCAAGAAGCUCGGCGACAACGAGUACACCGGCGAGUACAAGCUCGCGACGCCCAAGGGCUUCGUCACCCUCGACGGCAAGGUCAAGCUCGAGAGCGUCGACGACUUCGUCGUCAGCCUGAACUUCGACAGCGACAAGUUCAAGCAUCGCAAGAUCCACGCCGAGGUGGCCAACAAGCCGAGCAACGGCGACGGACGCCGUAUCUUCGUCACCGUGACCAGCGACGGCAAGAACCUCGUCACGGGCAGCACCAAUUACAAGAAGCACGACGAGGAGGAGGCGGGCAAAUUCACCCUGGAGGGUAGCGGCCAGCUGCAGAUCGGCGAGGACACCAAGUCGUCCUCCUUCAAGUACGUGCGCAAGCAGCUGACGCGCGAGGCCGACAAGGAGGUCGGCGUCGCCAUCAAGCUGAACGCCAGCUUCGGGCCCGCGGCGAUCGUCGGCGAGCUCAAGCUGUCCGACAAGGAGGUGCACGUGUUCAACAGCUACUGCGAGCAGAGCAAGGAGUGCGCCCACUUCAAGCUCCAGUCCACCCUCAACACGGACAAACGCUCCUACCUCAAUCAGAAUCUCCAGGUGGAGGUGAAUCUCAAAAAGUUCAACGUGCCGAUCGAGUUCGGCCUGCAGACGACCACCAAGUACGCCGACCUGUCGCUCGAUCAUCAGGCCAAUCUUUACCUGCACUCGUCCAAGGACCGCACCCAGUACAACUACCACGUGUACGUCAACAAGCGCGAGUCCGCCGCGGUGCUCUCGCUGCCCAGUCGCGAGCUGGCCGUCGUGGCCUUCCACGACAUACCGGCGAUCAAGCACUCGGGCGCUUACAAGAUCGACGUGUCGCUCUAUCUCGACCGCAAGAACAAGCCCACGGAGAAGACCAGCCUCGUCUUGGCGGGCGACGUCAAGGUCGACAAGAACACCGUGGGCAUCAACGGCGAGGCCAAAUUCACCUACCCGACGCAGACCAAGGAUCUCGUGGUCAAGGGCAACAUGCUCGCGGGCGUCGGCGAGCAGCUGUUCACGGGCAACGUCGAUCUCGACGUGUUCGCCAGCAAGAACGACAAGAUCACCGUCAAUGCCCGGGUGGCUCGCUCCGCCAUACCCAAGGGCUACAACGUCACCGGCAACUUCAACGUGCUGAGCAAGGGCCAGCAGUUGGACGUCAAGUCCGACAAUCACUUCGCGGUGUCGUCGUCGUCGAUCGACGUCGGGGCGACCCUCCACUACACCGACAAGGCCAAGCAGCCCAAGUCGCUGGGCGCCGACUUCACGGCCGACCCGAAGAAGGUCGAGGUCUACGUCUACGUGCCGGGCAAGGAUCUGCUCAAGUACCGGAUGAACAUCGACAUCGCCAAGGACGCCCAAAAAGUCUCUGCCGAAGCAGCGGUGCUCGGUAACAAGCCCCGAGUGGCCAAUCUCGAGGUCAAGGACUACAACAGCUUCAAGUUCGAUCUGGGCACCAAGGACGACGACAAGAACAAGCUGACGGCCAACGGCAAGGUCGUGCUCGGCCAGCUGGCCGAGAUUCACGCGGACGCCUUCAAGCAGGGCGCCAAACUGGACCUGUUCCACCUGCUGAUCCACCUGGACGAGGGCAAAUUCAUGAAGCCCGACUUCGCCUACAGCAGCAAGAACAUCAUCGAGGUCGCACACAUGGUGCGCGAGCAUCUGAUCCAGCACGUGAAGGACGUCAAGGCCGUGGGCGAGGAGAUCGGCAAAGAGGUCGUGGUCGAGUUCGGCGAUCUGUUCGAGCACCUCAAGAAGGCUCAGCCGAGCUUGAAGUCAUUGAUCGCCUACUUCGAGGGUGAGCUGACGAAGCUCAAGAACGAGCUGCACGCCGACGCCGCAGUCAAGGAGAUCCAAGAGUCGCUGAACAAGUCCUUCGGCGGUAUCAUCGCCGCGGUGACCGAGGCCGUGAAGAAGUUCGCCGAGCACUACGAGGAGCUGCGCGACCAUCUCAACGAGAUCUGCAACAAGUUCCAGGAGGCCGUGAAAGCCACCUAUCCGCAGCUCAAGGAAUCCUUCGACAAGAUCUUCCAGGUAGCCGUGAAGAUCUCCGACUCCGUGGCCAAAUUGGCCACCGCCUACGCCGAGGCCAUCCUCAAGAUCGUCAACGAGCACCAGAAGGACAUCGAGGAGAUCGUCGGUGUCGCCUCGGACAUCGUCCAGGACGUGGCCAAGAUCGUGCUCAAGGGCGCCAGCCAGAUCGAGAAGGAGGUGAAGGAGUUCGUGCAGCUGCUCUCGCAGCAGGUGCGAGCUCUGCCCGUCUACGAGAUGGCCCAGAACCUCUACAAGGAGGCCGUCAAUUAUCGCAUACCCGACUACGUGAUAGCGCCCAUCGAGGAGUUCUGCAACAACAUCAAGAACAUCCUGCCGACGCAGGAGCUCAAGGACCUGUUCGGCAGCGUCUACUCGUACGUCAUCAAGCACGCGAGACACGAGAAGGUGGACAACGGCAGCGAGUUGAAGAAGAUCUACUCGCAGACGGUGGGCGCGAUUCACUCGCUGCUGGCCCUCGUGCAGUCGCACGCCACCGCCGAGAACGUAUUCGGCUUCCUGGAGGCGCAGCUGCCCUUCGACAUCAGCUACCUGCGCAGACUGCCCGGUCUGUCGACCGUGCGCGUCUCCGUGCUCAGACUGCUGAUGAAUCGCGAACUGCCGACCAUCUUCGAUCUGUACUACACUUACAGACCACUCCACGAUGUGGAAGACUCCAUUCCACCGGCCAAGAAGUACGGCACGUUCUCGGACGGCGGACACGUCGUGACCUUCGACGGCAGCCAGUACGUCUUCACGGGAGCUUGCAGCUACAUCCUGGCUCAGGACAUGAAGGACGGCAACUUCUCGGUCGUGGGCGAGUACGCGAGCGGCAAUCUCGUCAGCGUGACCAUGACCGAACCCGGCGAGAGCAUAACCAUCAAGUCCAACGGAAACUUGCUCGUUAACAACAAGCCCGCCGACUACCCGGCCAGCACCAAGAACCUGAUGGCUCACUUGGCGGCACCGCUGCGCAAGAUCAUCUCCAAGUACGGCGCCAAGCUCGUCUGCAACAUCGGCUCCGGCGGCAUGUCCUGCUACCUCAGAGUCUCGGGCUACUACCACGGCAGACUUCGCGGUCUCCUCGGCGACGCCAACAACGAGCCCUCGGACGACUACAUCCUGCCGAGCGGCAAAGUCGCCGCGAGCGCCAGCGACCUCGUCAACGCCUACAAGCUCAAUCCCAGCUGCGCGGCUGCCCAGGCCAAGGAGGGCGAGGCCGCCAGAGCUCCGAUCUGCACCAAGUACUUCUCGGGCAAGUCGUCGCUGACUCCGUGCUUCAACUACGAGGACCCGCGGCUGUUCCGGGCCAGCUGCGAUCAGCUGGUCGCGGCGGGCAACAAGAACGGCGCCUGCGUCGUCGCCUCGGCCUACGUGACCAAGUGCCUCGUGAAGAACGUCUAUGUGAGCCUGCCCAACGAGUGCGUCCAGUGCAAGGUGGGCGACAACAGCAUCAACGGCGGCGACAGCUUCAGCGUGAAGAUCCCAACCAAGCAGGCCGACAUCGUGUUCAUCGUCGAGCAGGAGUCCGACAACGAGAAGACCUUCAAGGACCUGAUCAAGCCCGUGAUGCAGGAGCUCAAGUCCGAGCUCAAGCAGCACGGCAUCACGGACGUGCACAUCGGCCUGAUCGGCUUCGGCGAGUCCAUCAGGAAGCCCCAGCACUACUCGUCCAACAACAACGCCAACAUCGAGGGCGGCGGCGACAUCGGCCACAUGAGCUUCCCGAGCAGCCGGGACCCGCUCGUCACCAUGGACGAGGCCGUGGAGGAGAAGGGCUUCGGCCCCAAGACCGUGCAGUACGUCAAGCAGAGGCUCGACGUCGAGCUCGGCACCUUCAAGGUCACGGACGCCUACGAGGCCGGCAUCAGGUAUCCCUUCAGAGCGGGAGCCGCCAAGGCCGUCGUCGGCGUCAUCAGCCAGCCCUGCGAGAAGAGUCCGCUAUCUCCGUUCUCGUUGCAAGAUUACAGACUGAUUCUCGGCUACGACCUGUACAAUCGCAUGGGUCUGACGUACUAUCACGUGUCGCCUCUGACCGAGAUCGAAGUGGCCGGCAAGCCAGCGAAGAACGUCGUCGGCAAGGACAAGAACUACGUGUACACGUUCGCCGACAGCAAAAAGAAGCCGCUCGAGGGCGACCCCGAGUUGGAGAUCGAACUGGACGAGGAAGAUGUCUGCGCGAACUUCGCCAUCAACACCGGCGGUACCGCGUUCCAGACGCGAAACUUCCUCGAAGCCAAGCCCAACCAGCAGGCUCAGUACGUUAAGGUCGCUGCCCGAAGGAUAGCCGAGAACAUGGCCAAUGUCGAGCUUGAGGAGGACUGCGUGUGCGGCGCCGAGGCCGGAUUCAGCCACACCGCUCAGGUCGUCGCUCGUCCUAGAUGCAAAAUCGUCAAUCGCGUUGACAAGAGAGUAACGCCAAAAGCUGCGUAAGCACAGCGAGCGACCGCACCGCAAGCCGACUGAUUAAGUAAUAUAAACAACGAUUUAUUAAUUAAUUGGCUCUAGAGUAUUCGUUAUUUUUCCCCGCGAAGAGUAACGCUGUUUGAGCCGUUUUUUUUUAUACAUUUUUUUAUGUACCGCGCAAAUGACAAUUGAUUUGUAUUUUUUUUGUUUGUUUUUAAAUAAUGUUAUAAAACUUACCGAUGGAAAACAUUUAAUCAGAAGACGAUCAAAUUAUGUACAUAUAGAGAAAAGUUUUUAUGUAAUACAAAAAAAAAAGAAAAACAUUUUAUCGCUAUAAUCUCUUAUAAUAAGUUGAUGAUUGUCCUGAGAUAUGCGCACUUAGACGUUGACUGAUGACACGAAUUAUUUUUCUUCUUAAAAAUCGAAAUACAUUGACAACGUAUUUUUUUUUUUUAUAUUAAUGUAAACCAAUGUAAAAGCACAAGACGCAGAUUGUGACAAACACACAAAGGAAUCGACGCACGCACCUGCUCGAACGAUGAACACAUAAUUUAUAAAUAAAUGUGUUAAAAGUGUAAUAUUUUUUCUAACGUUGACCGAAAAUAUUUUUGUACCGUGUUUUGUUUCUCUCUGUAAAAAAGUGCAAGAUUUUCUUGUGCGCUGUAACGAGCUCAUUGUACGAAAAACAGUCUUUCGAUGUAAUAAAAGCUUGUUAAUUUAAAA